CGCUCACUCACUCGUUCUCAUCCUCUAUCCGAGCAAAACAGCCUCACAUGGACUGAAGACUUUAACAUCGCAUCAGGACUCUUUCAAUAGUUCAUUGUGAAAACACAACACUAAUUUGAUCAUCAGGACUGUGUGAAGCAUCUCUAUUAAAGGAUCUUGCGCGCGGGUUUGAGGUAAAGCAGUUAAAUAAGAGGAGCGCGGAGAGCGCAGUUGGGCUUCAGGAAUACAGACGAGUGCGAUUUCUUUACAAAAGACUUCUUUAAGAGGAAUAAUGAGGAACUUUGGGAUUUUCCUGACAUUUUCUGCAGUUUUCUUCUUUUCCAGCGACAGGGUGCUGGUCUCGGGUCAGUCCCUUUCUUUAACUGAUGAUCUCUAUCUGGUUGGGCAGCAUUCUGGUGACUAUCCUUUAGAUGAUGAUGACUUCACUUCUGGUUCAGCAUCUGGUUUCAGUGAUACAGAUGAUGAUGAGGAUACAUCCACAGUAAGUGUGCAUUACACAGACUUUAACGGAGGUUCCACCGAGGAGCCCAUCUACACCAGCAGCCCCAGCUUAGAGUCCUCCACUUCCAGAGAGACGGACAAAAUCAACAUAGAGACGUUCAUUGAUACAGACCGGAAAACAGAGUUUUCAGAAAAUCAGACAGAAAAGCCCCAGGUCACCGUUGAAGCCACUAGCUCACCAAAUCUUGCACAUGGUGCUGAUACACAGCAUAAAGUUCCCACAGAAAAUCUCUUUCAUAGGACGGAAGUGCUGGCAGCGGUUAUAGCCGGUGGAGUAAUUGGCUUCCUGUUUGCCAUCUUCCUCAUCCUCCUGCUUGUGUACCGUAUGAGAAAGAAGGAUGAAGGCAGCUAUGACCUUGGAGAGCGUAAACCACCCAGCUUAGCCUAUCAGAAAGCUCCAAGUAAAGAGUUCUAUGCCUGAAUGACCAAUCGUUGCCAACAGUAACAUCUUUACGACAACCAUCUCCUCUUCAAGAAUAACCCGGGUCGGUUGCACCUCGAAGAGAGUUUUGUAUAGGAGCUGUGUACUUAUUUGAAAAUGUAACAAAAAAUAAUUUGCUUCACGAAGCCAACCGAGGCUUGUAUUUUCUGUUUUGGGAUAAAAAACGGCAAACCUUUUUUUCUAUGGUUUUUGAAAACAAAUCGUUGGAAAACAACUGUAUGAAAUCACAGGUUUUAGUCAAUGUAACAGUAGACGUAUGUUAUGUUAAAGAACAAGACAAUUCAGAGAUGGAUAUGAUGGUUUAUAAAUGUGCUAUAUCUGAUACCUUUAAUUUUUCACUGAUUAGAUGUCAGUAACUUAUGAUCUCAGUGUUGACUUUAUUAAUAAUUUCGUUUUCAUCUCAGCUUUUUGUUUCUCCUGUGGCUUCUGUGCCGUUUUCUUUUGUUCUUUUCUGUCAAUAUGAAUGUUUGCAUUUUGUCUGGCCAAUAAUCAAAGCAUUCCAAAAAACACAGAAUGUUUAGACAUGUUUUAUCAUUUCAUGUAUUUUAUUUUUCUAUUGUAAUGGAUACAGUGUUAAAGUCCCUGAAAGUAAAAUUUUAGCAUAUAAAGCCAAGAACACAUUCCAACAUGCUUGUACUCUUUCAGUUCCUCAUCUUUCAUUCUUUAUAUCAAGCAUUCAUGCCGGGUCAUUAAGAAAACUUAGCUGUAUUACAUUUACUGCUCUCUAAAUACUCUGACAAUUUACUUCUUUUAUUUACUUAAAUAAGUUAGUUUGAAUUGCACACAACUUUAAUUUUGAUUUAGAUGAAAAUAUUUGAUACCGACAGUAGUUACUUCCAUAAACAAUAUUUUCUUAUGAAAUAUGGUAACUUUCAGAGGAAGUCAGUCUUGAAUAUGAACAAGUUUGGUGAGAAAGAAUAUUAAUGAGAGGUUUAUGUCAUUUACUCAGUAAAAGACAGCAGGAUUACUGUAAUAUUUCUACACCCACACUCUUCCCAAGCGACAAAUUUUCAACGCUCCGUCUGAUUGAAUCCCUAAUGAAGGCCGUUUUUCUUUCAUAAUAUUAACCUUGAUGUUUAAACCGAUUUGAAAAUGAAUUUGCUUAUAUUCUGCUGAAUGUCUCUGACCUUCCAAAGACUUAACAUUGUUAACAUUGAUGGUGAUUAAUAGUGUGUAUCACAUUUGCUCCUUUUUACUCGCUCUUCUUAUGUGCAUUUCCAUACCAUUUCCUUUCGAGACUCGACCAUUUAGUCAAUGAGGUCUCUGUAUAUGUUAAUAUAUGAUAAUUUAUAGAAUAUAAUUAUUUAUAUAGUACAUAUUAUAUGUAAUAUGUUAGUUCAAAUCUACGAAAAUGUAUAUUCACAAAUGUUUUAGAAGCCAUUGAAGUGCCUACUGUUCUGAAAACAGAUCUACAGGGAUUUAAGGACAUUUUUACAUCAGAACGAUGUUAAAAGUUGGAACUGGAGCAAUUUGAUGUAUGCUAAUGUCGCAGAAUUACAGAAACAGUAUUGUAUUUCAAAACACUACUGAAUAAACAUUUUCUCAUGGUA